AUGUCGCGUCCAUCUCUGCGGCUGCUCGCGUCGUCGGUGCGCACACUUUCUCGAGCAGGCACACCGUCGUGGUCGCGCUCGGUGCACGCCAGGUCCGAGUUCUCCUGCGUCGAUGCCAACGAGCGGCGCGGCCACAAGCUGCAGCGUCGAGCCGAGCAGGCAGCAGCGGCAGCAGCAGCAUCGGCGAGCAAGUCGCCGCUCUGCACCGCGCCGUCGUCGAGCGACCCCUCGGUCGCCUUUCCCUGCGUCGACGCCAACGAGGCGCGCGAAUCCCGGCUGCGCAGCCAGCUCGGCUCGCCCCAGCUCGCACCGGACGCACCCACAACCGCCGCCGCCGAGGUCGACGAGUCCGGGCCCGAACCCUCCUACACAAAGGUCGUCAGUGGAUACCAGCUCUACCACCACCGCGAGCCGUUCCGCCUCGACUACGGCGGCGAGCUGCCCGAGUUCCACCUGGCGUACGAAACGUGGGGCACGCUCAACGCCGACCGGUCCAACGCCAUCCUUCUGCAUACGGGGCUAUCGGCAUCGUCGCAUGCAGCGUCCACCGAGUUGAACCCCGCCAAGGGGUGGUGGGAGGACUUUGUGGGCCCCAACAAGCCGCUCGACACGAACCGCUUCUUUGUGAUCUGCACCAACGUGCUCGGUGGCUGCUACGGUUCCACGGGCCCCUCAUCGCCGCAUCCGCAGGACCCGACGGGUGCAGCGUACGCAACGCGCUUCCCGAUCCUGAGCAUCUUUGACAUGGUGCGUGCGCAGUUCCGGCUGCUGGACCAGUUGGGCAUCCGCACGCUGUACGCGAGUGUGGGCAGCAGCAUGGGCGGCAUGCAGAGCAUUGCAGCGGCGCACCUGGAGCGCGAGCGCGUGCAGCGGCUGGUGUCCAUCAGUGGCUGUGCCCGCAGCGCGCCGGCGAGCAUCGCGCUGAGGUAUGCGCAGCGAAGCGUGCUCAUGAGCGAUCCGAACUGGAAUCGCGGCUUCUACUACCAGCCGGGCUCGCUUCCGCCGCAUACGGGCAUGAAGCUCGCACGUCAAAUCGCCACGUUUACGUACAGGUCGGGACCCGAGUGGGAGCAGCGCUUUGGUCGCGCACGACGCAUCGCCCCCAGCGAGGGGGGCGAAGAGCACGAGUUGGACCCAGCGUUGUGUCCCGACUUUCUCAUCGAGACGUAUCUCGACCAUCAGGGCGAACAGUUCUGCCUCAAGUACGACGCCAACUCGCUGAUCUACAUCUCGAAGGCUAUGGACCUGUUCGACAUGUCCGACCAUGCGCUGUCGGAUCUGGAGCGUCGACGCACCGCUGCGCACGGCGAGGGCGAGGCGGGUUUGUCCGUCUCCCACACACCCCCACCCGCACCAAGGCCGAGGAAGAGACAGCAUAUCAGCACGCUUUCGUCGCCCGCUGCCCAUGCCUACGUGCCCGCCCUUGCGCGCGGCAUGGCCCGACUCUCACACAUCCCCACACUCGUCAUCGGCGUGCAGAGCGAUAUCCUCUUCCCCGUGGAGCAGCAGCGCGAAAUCGCAGAAUGCCUUCGCCUUAACGGCAACGAUUCGGUAAGGUACUACGAACUCGACGCCCCGCAUGGACACGAUAGCUUCCUCAUCGACGUGCCCAACGUCGGCGGCGCCAUCCGCGGCUUCCUGGAAUAA